AUGUACCUCCAAGCCGCAACUGGGGCAUCCACAGGCGUCCAACUGGAGAAUCGUCUCCGAGCCUCGGUGCGACACAAUACAGCCGAAAAUCUUGGUCGCCCCAUCCUCGAUAUGCUCAGCCACCGCUGGAAGACGGCUCUCCCUGUGCAAGACUCAGGAAAGAUCACGUUGCUUGAUGAGGACCAAGAGCAAUAUGUCAGAGGGCACAAAGUCCCAGGUAAUUUCGCCCUCGCUGCUGGCAGAAUUCAUGUGGGAGUCGUUUUGAACGUCGAGGGCUACAAAAUCGACGACCACGUCACUAUGUCAGGCUUCUGGAUGGACGGUAACAAGUUCGUCACGACUGCUCAGUUUCUGGAUCUCAUUCAUGGCACCGAUUACAAGGAGACGGAGCUGCUUUUAAGGAAUCGGGGCUUCAUUUCGAACGCUGGCGUUUCAAACGCCUUUUUGUCGGGUGACCGAAGUGGACAAAUUGCGGGUGCUACAGGAGACAAUUUCUGGCGUGUGGACCUAGCUUUCGUAGACUAUGCCUCGGACCUUGCAGUCUUUAUCCCGACGCGAGAGUCUACAGAAAAGCGAGGUGACCCAGCACAUUCUGUCACAUCAGCAGACCUUGCUAUGACCAAAUCCCGCCUAGAUUUCAAUCUAGCUGACCAGGGCACGAAUAUUUUCAUUGCCUAUUAUCCUGAUCCUCCACAGACGGUGAAGCAAGCCAAUAUGGGUCCGAAGAACGAGAGGGAAGCGAAGAAAGCAGGGAUCACUGAUGCAUUCCAGUUCAUGGGCUGGAAGACUUUGAAGGCCUUGGGUUUGAUGAAUCAUGUAAUGCUGCCGGUAAUAUUUUUUCAACUCAAGGAAGCACAAGAUAUAAAUUUCUGA